CUUCAUUUAUCAGACAUUAUACUUGCAGGACGUUGAAAACGACAAUAUGAACCAUGAAUGUAACUUAAAGUUAAAACUUGCAACAAGAGAAAAAAUCAGGAGGUUUAACUCUUUGCGUGGUGCAGAGGUGCAGCCAGGUGUGUUUUGGGAUGUGGUGGUGGUGACUUCUGUGGAUGGGAUCCAGAGAGAAGCAUAUGAGCUGCAGAUCAGUGAGAAAGUUGACCGGAAAGAGCUUCCCCUAGGAAUCCAUUACAAGGUCUUCUCAGACCCGCCUGGAUCCAAAAUAGGGAAUGGGGGCUCCACUCUGUACGCUCUGCAGCAGCUGAUGGACAUCUACGGGAAGUCUCUGGGCAGACUGAGAGUCAUCCUGAUCCAUGCAGGAGGGUCGAGUCAGCGUUUGCCCAGCGCCAGUGCCCUCGGGAAGAUCUUCACCACUGUACCUCUGGGUGACCCUCUCUUCCAGAUGCUGGAGCUCAAACUGGCCAUGUAUGUGGAUUUCCCAGCUCAUAUGAAGCCCGGCGUACUGGUGACCUGCGCAGAUGACAUAGAGCUCUACAGUAUUGCGGAGGAUGAGAGUGUUAAUUUUGACAAACCUGGCUUUACAGCUUUAGCUCACCCCUCCUCGCUGUCUGUCGGAACAACUCACGGCGUGUUUGUGUUGGAUUCGAAUGAAAAGUCCACACACUCGCAAAUGGAGAACAUUCCCUGCUUACGCUUUCUACACAAACCAAACAUCGAUAAAAUGCGAGAGAGUGGUGCUGUUUGUCAGAGGCGGAGCGGUUGUUUUGCUCUAUCUGACACUGAGUUUGUCUACACAGACAGCACCUAUUACAUCGACUUUAAAACUGCACAGUCUCUUCUUAAUUUGCUGAAAGAGGUUGGACCUUUAGAAUGCGAGAUAGAUGCAUAUGGGGAUUUUCUUCAAGCACUGGGUUCCCAGGCCACGAUAGAGUACACCCGCAACACUGCUAAUGUUACCAAAGAGGAGAGCAGUCUGGUGGAAAUCCGCCAGAAAAUCUUCCAUCUGCUCAGAGGGACUCCCCUGAAUGUCAUUCUCCUAAACAACUCCAAGUUUUACCAUAUCGGGACGACGUCAGAAUACCUGUUUCACCUCACUGAGGAUGCAGUGCUGAGGAGUGAGCUGGGCCUCCUGACGUCUGCUUUUAGCGUACAUUCAGAUGAAAACACUGAAGGCUGCUGCGUUAUGUGCAGCAUCCUCGAUCCCAGUUGCUCUGUGGGAGCUGGAUCAGUGGUGGAGUACUCCAGACUGGGAGCAGGAGUGUCUGUAGGCAGCGGCUGUAUCGUCAGCAGCUGCUGGGUCAGUCCAGGCCUGUCAGUGCCUGAUAGAGUCUUCAUGCACUCACUGUGUGUGAACCACCAGGACCGACCAAGGUUUGUAACUGCUGCCUUUGGGAUUAACGAUGACCUGAAGCGCAGCGUGGGAGCUCCUGCAUCUAUGGAAGCACUGCAGCUUUUUGGAGUUAGCCUGGCAGAGUGCGUGUCCCACUGGGGGCUGGGUAGCGAAGUCUCCAGGUUUUCCGGGGACGUGUCCAGCUUUAAUUUGUGGAAUGCUCGCCUGUUUCCUGUUUGCUCCGACCCACAAAACUCAUUCUCGAUGUCUCUCAAGAUGGUGCAGGCUGUCCUCAGUGGCUCUACGUUCACGCUAUCCAACGACACACAGCUGAUAUCAAUGCAAGAGUCACUACAAUGUAAGAACCUGGAGGAGAUGCUGAAGUUGAGAAAGGGACUACAUGAUGACAUCACACAGAGACGACGCAGCAAUUAAAACUGCUGUGUUUUAUUUAGAUUUAGUGAUAAGAUUUAUGUUGUCAGUGUCGUUACCAGAAAAUGUUGUACUAUAAGUU